GAAGUCAGGGGAGGAGAGAGAGGGGGAGGGAGAGAGGUGCCCGUCACAUGCCGGACGGCGAGCAUCGAUUCCUCAACUUCCGCUGUCUCGCGUGCUGGAAGUACGUGUUCUGGAGGAGGGAAAGUAAGUGGAGAGAAGGAGAGAGAUGGCGGUGCUCUCUCCAAAGGUAAAGCGUGCUCGGAUAUGGGGAGGUGCACUCUUGUUUUGGCUUUGCCUCAUGGUGGCCACUCCAAAGAUACCCCAGUCCCCUAAAUACCAUGUCUUUGCAGACAUGCGAAAUUUCUUCGGCGUCCCUAAUACGUUGAAUGUGGUGACCAGCUUCCCGUUUCUUGUUGUUGGUGUAUUUGGCCUUGUACUGUGUUUUCAUGGGAACUACUUUGGUAUAAACUUGAGAGGGGAGAUUUGGGGUUGGUUUUUCUUCUAUGCUGGAAUUGCAGGAGCUGCAUUUGGUUCGGCGUAUUAUCAUCUAAAGCCCGACGAUGCUAGAGUUCUCUGGGAUCGGUUGCCGAUGAUGAUUGCAUUUACCUCGCUGUUUACUAGCUUUGUUAUUGAGAGAGUGGAUGAGCAGAUUGGAAUUAAUUCUUUUAUACCUCUCCUAAUGAUAGUGUUCAUGAGUGCUGCCUACGAGAGGAUUUUCAAUGAUCUCCGGUUAUGCAUGCUGUUCCACUUGGUCCCGUGCCUAGCAAUUCCUGUCAUGACAUUUAUUUUCCCACCCAGAUACACUCAUUCGCGAUACUGGCUUUAUGCUGCAGGGUUCUACAUUCUAGCCAAAUUUGAAUCUGCUGCAGACAGAAGAAUUUAUAAUGCCAACCAUUAUGUUAUCAGUGGUCACUCGCUAGAGCAUUUGUGUAUGGUGAUGGUUCCUGUGCUGCUUACUGUGAUGCUCUUGUCUAGAAAUAUCAGAAUGGAAAGGCGCCAUAUUGAAGAACAUAAAAUUCUACGCUUGUAGAGCAAGGGAAUGUUGGAAUUAGUAGACACCAUUUUCCUGGAAAAACAUUGAAGAUUGUGUUUUAUGUGAUUCAUGGUGCUUCCAUGUCUCCCAAUGGAACACAGAGUAAAAGUGAGAACGUUGGCAUAUGUUCUCAUAUUACAGGGGCUAACCAUUGUCCGAAGCAUGCCAACAGUAUAUCUUUCCGGCGUUUUGAGCAGAACAGGAGACGCUUCGGCAUUUGGGGCGAACAAUCCAUACUUUGGUGUUUAUAGGGUCUAACCAUUUUGGCGGAUAACGCGUGUACAAUGCUACUUCCUGAUCUCUAAUAUGAAAGCAACUUAACUCUCUCUAACUAGAGUUCUUCUCCUGACGAUUUGCUGCAUUAUAUUGCUU